AUGCCUCUUCCAGAAACCAUGUUUUGUGCUCAGCAGAUCAAAAUCCCCCCUGAGCUACCUGAUAUUCUGAAGCAAUUUACUAAAGCUGCUAUUAGGACGCAACCUCAUGAUGUUUUGCAGUGGGCAGCUGCGUAUUUUUCAGCGUUGUCGAAAGGCGAGCCCCCUCCUGUGAAGGAGAGGAUUGAAAUGCCUUUAGCAACAGAGAAAACAGGUGCUGGUUUGACCCCAGGACUGCUUAAAAUCCUGCACAAACAGCUUUCUCCCAAAGGCACGGUGAGUGUUGCAGAACUGAAGGAAAAAUGGAAGCACUUGUGCUUGCCAGAGGAGCAACUGAAAGCUAUCCUCCAGUUGGAUGAUUUCGGCGAGGAGGUGGAAUGGAUGAAGUUCCUGGCACUGGGGUGCAGUGUGCUCGGCGGGUCCUUACUGGGUUCAAUGAAACAUGCCUGUGAAAUCUUAACAAGGGACCCAGAAGGUGGAGCGGCUCGCAUUCCCUUCGGAACAUUCUCAUUCCUCUACUCCUAUUUGGCCAGUAUCGACGGAGAGAUACCAGAGGAGAAAACUGAAGCAUUCCUCCACAAAAUUAAAGAACAAGCCAACCAACAAACUGGCAUGGUGCUGCUCAGAAACUUUCUGACCCAGCCCUCAACACUGCUUUGA